UCUUUAUCGCGUUCAUGUUUGCCGUCUCUCGGACUCCCUCGUCUCACUCCUCCCCUCGCCUGUGAGGCGAGUAUGCUGUCAGUGCAUCCCGAUAUCGAGCUCAAUGUCGACAAUGUCCAUCUCCUUACAACGUUAACGCUGCUUAUUACACGCGCUGGCCAAGGCUUGGAGCUCUUUCAUGCACUCGCGCAUAGGAACUUCCCUAAGACUGACGCGAGGGAAUGUGAACACAAAGUCGGUCAAACGGGGACCACUGAGACUAUCUGGGGCACGUCUUCGUUUAUGGCUCUCGGGCUUCUCGAAAACACGUCUGUCGUCCACACGGCCAAACACGACCUCGAGUCCUUCUUUUGGGUGCUGCUCUGGUGUGUGCUUCGGUACACCCCACAUAGAGACCCCUCCGGAGCGCUCGCGUGCGAUAACAUCUUCGGCGGUUAUGCAACGGGGAAAUCGCUCAUAUUCUACCGCGACUUCCCAAGCCACAUCCCCGAGGGCACCCGGUCUGCGCUGUACGACCUCGGCGACUGGAUGAAGCAGAUGGUCAGCGUGCAGAAUCCUCCAUCUGCCCCGGGGCUAAAGCAAGACACACCGGCAUAUCAUGCUGUAUUUGCGGACCUCACUUCACCUUGCGGCUAUUCACCGAAAGACAUGAACUAUAGUGACCUCCAGAAAUUAUUCGCUAUUGCACUCGCUCAAACGGAUGAUUGGCCGGAGAAUGAUGCUGCAAUCCCGUUCCACCAAUUGGAGGUAUGCCUACGUUCCAGAGAUGGUCCUAUAAUACCGGACUCUUGGCUGUCCUGGCAUGCCUGGAUCUAG